AUGAGCCGAAAUCUGAAGGGCCGACUUAAAUAUAGCAUCUUUUCUUUUCUACAGAGCAUUUUUGAAUUCCAAGGGAGAAAUAGUAGUAAGAUGUCCUUGCUAAUACCCACACAACAAGAUUAUGCGGAUGCAAGGGGUGGUAGUGAAAGAAUCCCUCUUUACCAUCAAAAGAUAGAAGAACUAAGUCAAGAAAGAGAUCUGGAAUCAAAGCUUAAAUAUCCAUGGAAGUUUGAAUCCGUUCCAGGAGUCUUCAAACAAUCUGAUCUUGAUACUGAUGACUUGAUAUUCAAUUACGCAGAAAGUGAUUUUGGUAUUACCAAACCGUGGUCUGAGCUUGUAAACCAAUUGAAUGAAUUGAAUAACCAAGCUCAGGAUAAUGAAAUUUAUAAAUUGUUGUUUUUGGCGCGUCAUGGUCAAGGUAAUCAUAAUGUUGUUGUUGAAAGAUAUGGAUCUGCUGAGUGGAGGAGAAAAUGGCAUGCAUUAGAAAAUGAUGGGGACCUUGUUUAUGGACCAGACCCGGUAUUAACAGAAUUAGGUGAAAAUCAAGCAAAAGAAAAUAAUCAAGCUUGGAAAGAACAAUUGUCUAAAGGAGCUCCAGUUCCUUCAAGAUUCAUUGUUUCACCGUUACAGAGAUCCUGUAAUACCUUGUUAAUAACAUGGAAUGAUAUUUUCCCUAAAGGUGCUCAACCUUUGAUCGUUGAAAAUGUUAGAGAAAUCAUUGGAUUUCAUAUCUGUAAUAAAAGAUCUACUAAAACUAAGAUUUUGGAACGUUUUGGGAAAUAUGGAUAUAUCACUGAACCAGGUUUUGAAGAAAAUGAUAAUUUAUACGUUGAUGAUAGACAAGAAACUGCAGAUGAACAAUGUUUGCGUACAAACGGGUUUUUACAAAAAUUAUUUAAUGAAUAUUGGGAUGAAGAACAUCAUAAAUCCAAUUCUGUCGAAGAUCAAGUGAUAUCCAUCACUUCUCACGGUGGAACCAUAAAAACAUUUUUAAGUGUUAUUGGGCAUAGAGCCUAUACAAUUCCUACGGGAGGUAUGAUACCGGUUGUGGUAAAAGGUAUCCGUCAAGAAUAG